AUGGCCACUACUGAGACUUCUCUUGGUGUUAACAACGAUGUCAUCAGGUUAAAUCAGGACGGGAGCGAGAACAAGCAAGAUGGAUAUGAGCUUACUACACUGUCUACACUACAGGCAGAGCCUAAAAAGACGCGGAGCAACUUUAGGUUGGUCGCUAUUAUGAUAGCUUUGAUGCUCUCUCUCUUCAUCGCCGCUCUGGAUCAGACUAUUAUAGCCACGGCAAUUCCUACAAUAUCCGCUGAGUUCCAAUCGGCGUCCGGAUACGUCUGGGUCGGCGGAGCCUACCUUCUGGCAAACGCAGCCGCUCUCCCAAUAUGGGCUAAACUAUCUGAUAUCUGGGGACGGAAGCCGAUACUCAUGACAGCGGUAACGCUGUUCUUCAGCGCCUCCAUAGUCUGUGCUACGGCGGUCAAUAUGAAGAUGCUCAUCAUUGGCCGUGCAUUUCAAGGAACUGCUGCGGGAGGCUUGAUCCAGCUUGUCAACAUCACUAUCUCAGAUUUGUUCAGCAUGAGGAGUCGGAGUCUCUAUCUUGGCCUAGUAGAGUUCGUUUGGGCAGUAGCGGGCGGUGGAGGUCCCGUCGUUGGAGGCGCCUUCACCGAGCUCGUCUCCUGGCGCUGGAACUUCUGGAUCAACCUCCCCAUCUGUGGAACGACAUUUCUCCUUCUACUGAUAUUCCUCGACGUGCACAACCCCAGAACCGGAGCCAUCGAAGGACUCAAGGCCAUUGAUUGGUUCGGCAUUCUAUGCGUUCUUAGUUUUGUGCUCAUGCUGCUCCUCGGCCUCAACUUUGGGGGCGCAAUAUUUCCAUGGAAUUCGCCUACGGUUAUCUGUCUCAUCGUGUUUGGUUGCUUUAUGUCUGUUCUCUUCAUCUUCAGCGAGAAGAAGCUGGCUCGGUACCCGCUGAUGCCUCUUGCGUUGUUUCGUGAGAGGUCAAAUGUGGGAAGCCUAAUUGUGGCCUUCUGCCAAGGCAUGGUUUUCAUCGGCGGGGAGUACUACCUUCCAUUAUUCUUCCAAUCCGUCCGGCAAAUGUCGCCCCUCCACUCCGGCCUGCUCAUCCUGCCCGUCACCGUUACAGAAGCAGUAGGUGGCAUGUUCUGCGGCAUCAUGAUCCACCGAACAGGCCGUUACCUCGAGCUAAUCUGGGUCGGCCUCACGCUUAUGCUCAUCGGGAACGGAAUGUACAUCCACCUCAAUGCCUCCUCAUCCCUAGCCGAGAUCAUCGCCUUCGAGCUAGUCGCCGGCGCCGGCGCAGGUCUCCUCUUCGAACCACCCCUCAUCGCCCUCCAAGCCUUCGUAUCGCAGGACGAUACCGCAACAGCAACCGCGACCUUCGGCUUCAUCCGCAACCUCGCGACAUCCUUCUCCAUCGUCAUCGGCGGCGUGCUGUUCUCCGGCGGGAUGCAGUUGCGCGAGCCGGUGCUCAGGGAUGCAGGGGUGUCGGCGAAUGUUAUCGAGGAGCUCACUGGAGGCGAUGCAGCCGCUAAUGUGCGUGUUGUGCAGACGAUUACAGAUGCGGCGCGCCAGCUGGCUGUGAAGCAGGCGUUCGCGUGGAGCUUGAGGAAUCUGUGGAUUUUUUAUACGUGUGUCGCUGCUGUUGGAUUGAUUGCAAGCUUGUUUAUUAAGAAAAGGGUCUUGAGCAAGGAGCAUACGGAGACGAAGACGGGGCUGAAGAAGGCAGAGCUCGUUGCUACUACCGACGUUCGAAGCUAG